GGCCGCAGCCCAAGCGGGCACCUCGGUGUUUACACGGGGCGGCCCCGCGCGCGCCGCAGCGGCCCGCAGACGGCGAAGGGGAGGGGUUGCGCGCGCGCCGGCGGGGCCGCGCGGGGAAAAAGACACUGGAAGGAGCCGGGCGGGGAGCGGCGCGCGCGGGCCGCGGCGGAGCAGGAGGCUGCAAGGAGAGCCCGCGGGAACACUGGGGGUGCGAGUCCUCCGCCCCCGCAAAACAAUGUGUGGCGUGCAGUGGGGUGCAACUUGCCGAAGGCGGCGGGGGCGCGCUGAGCCUGCCUGAGACCGCGCCACUGACCUUCUCCCCCCGCCGUCCGUUGGGCGAGAGCGCCCAGCUCCUCGCUCCCCAGCUCGCGGGGGCCGGGCCGAGCUGCGGGGCGGGGCCGCCCCUCCGUCGCUGCUGCCUCCUCCCCCACCCCCAGCCGCGGAGGAUGCGGACGGCCCCCGGCGGCGUCUAGCGGCCCCGGGCCCAGGCGCGAUGGUGCAGCAGCGGGGCGCGCGGGCCAAGCGGGACGGCGGGCCGCCGCCCCCGGGGCCCGGGACGGCCGAGGAGGGGGCGCGUGAGCCCGGCUGGUGCAAGACCCCGAGCGGCCACAUCAAGAGACCAAUGAACGCGUUCAUGGUGUGGUCUCAGCACGAACGGCGGAAGAUCAUGGACCAGUGGCCCGACAUGCACAACGCCGAGAUCUCCAAGCGCCUGGGCCGCCGCUGGCAGCUGCUGCAGGACUCGGAGAAGAUCCCGUUCGUGCGGGAGGCGGAGCGGCUGCGCCUCAAGCACAUGGCGGAUUACCCGGACUACAAGUACCGGCCGCGCAAAAAGAGCAAGGGGGCGCCCGCCAAGGCGCGGCCCCGCCCCCCCGGCGGCGGCGGCGGUGGUGGCAGCCGGCUCAAGCCCGGGCCGCAGCUGCCUGGCCGCGGCGGCCGCCGAGCGGCGGGAGGGCCAUUGGGGGGCGGCGCGGCGGCGCCCGAAGACGACGACGAAGACGACGACGAGGAGCUGCUGGAAGUGCGCCUAGUCGAGACCCCCGGGCGGGAGCUGUGGAGGAUGGUCCCGGCUGGUCGGGCGGCCCGGGGACCAGCGGAGCGCACCCAGGGGCCGUCGGGCGAGGGGGCAACUGUCACCACCUCCUCCCCGACUCCGUCGGAGGACGAGGAGCCAGAGGAAGAGGAGGAGGAGGUGGCGGCUGCGGAGGAAGGCGAAGAAGAGACGGUGGCGUCGGGGGAGGAGCCGCUGGGCUUUCUGUCCAGACUGCCCCCCGGCCCCGCCGGCCUGGACUGCAGCGCCCUGGACCGCGACCCGGACCUGCCGCCUCCCUCGGGCACGUCGCACUUCGAGUUCCCGGACUACUGCACCCCCGAGGUUACCGAGAUGAUCGCAGGGGACUGGCGCCCGUCUAGCAUCGCCGACCUGGUUUUCACCUACUGAGCCCACCGUCAGCGGGGCGCGCACGCCCCCAAACCAGCUGUUUACAUACAGGAAUCAGUGACAGUAUUCAGUGGGAGAAACUGCGGCGCGUUGCUACUAGCUGGUUGAGACUGAGGCUUGAUAGCAGAUGGAUGGCAAGAAGAACCCCACCUUUAAGCAGCUGGCUUGAGAGACCAUCGACUGGACCAGUGAGACUGAAGGACGGUCAGAGCAGUGGAGGUGUGCCCUGUGCGCCUCAGUUUUUCCAUGCGAAAAAUAGGGAUAGCGCUGCUGUAGGAGGAAGUUGUGUCCAGUUUGGGGUGCCUUCCGGACCCUGUCCCUGAUGUUACCCCCUCUUCCUCCAACUCCCCACUCCAACCUGCCCCUCCGGCCUCCCCCACCCUUGCCCUCACUACCUGUAUCUCACCGGCGUGUGUUCACCCUCCCAGGUGUGCACACACUCUCAUUCACACACACAAAUCUCAGGAACAAACGGUCCCAGAGUCCUCCGGGACCCCUGCCCAGGGUCUCUGCAGGUCUCUGCCCCACGCGUUCCCGUCGCUGACAAAGCCACCAGCUGCCUCCUUUAAGCUUGGUGCUCCGGCUCUGGGCCUUUAUCGCGCGUUCUUCUCUCUUGUCUCUUCUCUCUCUUUUUUCUUUCUUUCUCUCUCUUUUUUAAGAAAAAACAACCACCACAAAAAAAAAAAAAAAGACAAUGAAAAAAAAAAAAACCAGAAAAUGUCAUGUGAGUGAAGAGAUGUCUGUCUGUGGUCUUGGAGAACUAGUCUCAUAGCUGAGGGGAGGGAUCCCUCCCAUCUGGGGCACUGGCACCCACCGCAGGACUUCCGCCAGUCUGAUGCCAGGACUGAAUAAAGUGUAUUUGCCCCGA